AUGUCUACACUCACCACAACCACAUUGAAAUCUUCCUUCCCGCCCAUUCUGCCACCUCCUUUCACAGCCAAUCAACCACCGACUCUCAGGUUAUAUCCGCUUUCGAACUACACAUUUGGAACCAAAGAAACCCAACCUGAGGAGGACCCUUCAGUCGUGGCCAGGUUAAAGAGACUGGAAGAACACUAUGAGAAAUAUGGCAUGAGACGGACUUGUGAGGGCAUCCUGGUCUGUCACGAACACAACCAUCCGCACGUGCUCAUGCUGCAGAUUGCGAAUGCUUUUUUCAAAUUACCCGGGGACUAUCUUCCCCAUGAUGCGGACGAGAUCGAAGGCUUCAAAAUGCGGCUGAACGAGAGGUUGGCACCCACGAAUCCGAAGGAAGGCGACACGGAAUGGGAAGUGGGAGACUGUCUCGCGCAAUGGUGGCGUCCCAAUCUCGAAACCUUUCUCUAUCCAUUCCUCCCAGCCCACGUCUCUCGCCCCAAAGAGCUCAAGAAACUCUACCUGAUUCAUCUCCCGCCCAACAAGGUGCUCAGUGUGCCGAAAAACAUGAAACUGCUGGCCGUUCCCCUGUUCGAGCUGUACGAUAACACCGCACGCUAUGGGCCGCAGUUGAGCGCCAUUCCGCACUACCUGUCACGAUAUCGAUUUGAGUUUGUCGACGAGGAAGGGAAUGUCGCGAGUGUCAUGCCUGGUGGAGGCGCUCUACCUGGGCCGGAUGGGAAGAUCGGAGUCAAGGUCUUGGGCGAUGGAGAAGCAAAAGAGGAGGAGAUGGAGAAUGGUCACUGA